AAAUGGCGCUGCUGGCGGAGCACCUGCUGAAGCCGCUGCCCGCGGACAAGCAGAUUGAGACCGGGCCCUUCUUGGAGGCGGUGUCCCACCUGCCGCCCUUCUUCGAUUGCCUCGGGUCCCCCGUGUUCAUGCCCAUCAAGGCUGACAUAAGCGGCAACAUCACGAAAAUUAAAGCCGUGUACGACACCAACCCAGCCAAGUUCCGGACCCUGCAGAACAUCCUGGAGGUGGAGAAGGAAAUGUAUGGAACAGAGUGGCCCAAAGUGGGGGCUACACUGGCGCUGAUGUGGCUGAAAAGAGGCCUCCGCUUCAUCCAGGUCUUCCUCCAGAGCAUCUGUGAUGGGGAGCGGGACGAGAACCACCCCAACCAUAUCCGCGUCAAUGCCACCAAGGCCUAUGAGAUGGCCCUCAAGAAGUACCAUGGCUGGCUUGUGCAGAAGAUCUUCCAUGCAGCCCUCUACGCCGCACCCUACAAAUCCGACUUCCUGAAGGCGCUGUCCAAGGGGCAGAACGUAACGGAGGAGGAGUGCCUGGAGAAGAUCCGCCUCUUCUUGGUCAACUACACGGCCACCAUCGACGUCAUCUAUGAGAUGUACACCAAGAUGAACGCGGAGCUCAACUACAAGGUGUAGGCGGCGUCCACGCAGGGCUGCGAUCAGAAACAACUGGACCUGGACCACUGUGAACCAAGCCUCGUCCACCUCCUGCUCACAGCCCUAGGCCAUCCUGGGCUGCGGAGGACAGUCUUGGAGUUUUUUAAGUCUUUUUUAAAAAAGUUUAUUCUAAUGGAGCAAUAAAUAACAAUCCUCUUUCAAAUCUCUGAAUUUCACAACAGCACAGACUGACUGUACCCCUUCACUUCAGUGUGAUAAAAAUCAGUUAACCAGCCUGGCUCGGUUCGUGCCUGUAAUCCCAGCUAUAUGGGAGGCUGAGAUGGGAGGAUCGUAAGUUUGAGCCCAGCUUGGGCAACUU